AUGAUCACCGCCCGGCCGCUGUCCUCUCGCUGGCGGCACUCCCGGAAGGCGCGCGGGGACUACACUUCCCGGCGUCCCCGGCGGCUACGGGGGCUGGCGGGGAAGGGCAGGGCUGUCGAGUUACCGCUUGGGCGCGCCAUGGGUCGGCUGUGCGGCGGGCUGCUGCUGGGGCAGCGCCUGCAGAAGGCAGCGUUGGCAGGGCCUGGUUGCGCCCGGCCCUGCAGCUCCACGGCCUCCCCGGACGGCCUCGAGGGCCCGGCGCGCCGGCGCUCCUACUGGCAGUACGUGAGGCGACUGGUGCGGGGCGCGCCGGAGCCGCCGUACCCGCACGUGUGCCAGGUCGGCGACCCUGUGCUGCGUACCGUGGCGGCCCCAGUGGAGCCGGCGCAGCUGGCGGGGCCCGAGCUGCAGCUGCUGGUGCGGCGGCUGGUGCAGGUGAUGCGGCACCGGCGCUGCGUGGGCCUGAGCGCUCCGCAGCUGGGGGUGCCGCUGCAGGUGUUGGCCCUGGAGCUGCCCGAAGCGCUCUGCCGCGCCUGCGCGCCGCGCCUGCGCGCGCUUCGCCAGAUGGAGCCCUUCCCCCUGCGCGUGUUCGUCAACCCCAGCCUGCGCGUGCUGGACAGCCGCCUGCUCACCUUCCCCGAGGGCUGCGAGAGCGUCGCCGGCUUCCUGGCCUGCGUGCCCCGCUUCCAGGCCGUGCAGAUCUCAGGGCUGGACCCGAGAGGAGAGCAGGUGGUGUGGCAGGCGAGUGGGUGGGCGGCUCGCAUCGUCCAGCACGAGAUGGACCACUUGCAGGGCUGCCUGUUCAUUGACAAGAUGGACAGCAGGACGUUUACAAACGUCCACUGGAUGGCGGUGAACGACUAAAGCUUUCCUGCUGGGGCCGAGGAUUCUGAAAAUCAAGAUGCAGACAUUUUGUCUUUGAGCUGGACCCGUCUUACUUGGCAUCAACCUGGCAUUGGCCCGGAUUUGACAGAAACGGUGGACUGCCAAAGAAUGCCAAACCAAGUUGGAGAAAGAUGUUAGAAAUGUUUGUCCCCAAACCGGCUGUGGAUAAAAUACUGCCUACAACUUGAGGAGAAAAAUAUCCCCCCUGAAGGAGUGGACAUUUCCUGACCAUUUUAUAUGGAGAUAGAUGGGGCAAGUAAAUUCACACUCAGUAGAAAUGAUUUUAUAUUUUAUAAUCCCAAAGCCAAGAUUUGAUAAUAAUGUAGGGCCCAAAUAUCUGAAAACUGGUGUUAAAAAUGAAGGUAAGGCUGUGGUUGACUGUC